UCCUCCUUUUCUUCAUUUCCUUUGUCUCUCUGUUUCCGCCAUCCUCCAAUACCUUCAAAUCCUUCUUUCGAAACAAAGCUAUUUUUGGGCGAAAAACACAGAGAUGUUCGGAAGAGUAAGAGCUUCACCGUCGCCGUCACUUGACAGCUUCGAGACUCCCCCUUCGAAGAUCAUCAAAGAUGAUUCUCUCUCCAUCUACGAGACUACACUCAUGAAGCUUAAACUGGGUUCUAAAUGCCACCCAAUUUCACCGGUAGAUUUAACCGAUAGCUACUCUAGAACCAUUACCGAAGCUUGUCAAGAAAUGCAUUCCGAUGGUGAAUCUAUGGUAAUCGAUACAGAUUGUUCAAGCGAUUGUCAAUCGACGGGUGAUUCUAAGUUGAAUUCUCAGCAACGGAGCAGUAGUACGUCAAUUCUUCACUUGUUUUCCAAAUUUAACUCUCGUCAACGCACUCCAACAAUCAGUGAUGAAAUAUUGAUGAUAGACAUUAAUGGUUCUGCGAGUUCGAUUGAGUUUCAAUCUUUGAGCAGUGCAAAAGAGGGGAACCAUGAAUCUAGCAGAAACAAUGGGAGUACUAUCACAUGAUUCAAUUGAGUUCUUGCAUUAGUAUUUAAGCCCUUUUUUCGUGAUUAUUGAAUAUUGAUGUUCGGAUUUAAAACCCAAAUUUGUACGGUGAAAUGAUUUUGGAACAUGUAAU